ACUUAUCACCAGAUUGACUUUGGGCUGAAAAUCGUUUAUCAACCUCGUGAAACUUGCCAUUCGUGGACCAAGAUCCCAGAACCGUGGAACCAGGAUCUUUGUGUUGGACAUUGAGCAGUUGUGCACACGAGGGCUGCGAUGCUGCCUCAUUUUAUUUCACCGUGGUUUACGCUUCUUUGCGGGAUACAUGCCCAUGCUAUCCUACGCAUUCUGCGUCAGGACUUGGGACACAAAGUUCCGUCUGGAUUCCCCAUCCAUCAUGAACAAAUCGCCAGUGAGCCCAGACUACGUACUCCUGGGCUUUGCUUCACUAAAGUAGGCAUUGCUUACUACACGAUAUACAAAAGUGCGCGGAGAGGAGCAUCUGAUACCCACGAGAAACGACACUAUGAUCAUUCUGAGAGCGCGUGGAAGUACUUUUCCUCAGGCAAACAGGAUAAUUGAUCACCGAGUUGCCCACAGCUUGCGGCAUCGUCGAGUGCUUGGCUAUCACAGCCGUCACCGCGCGUGAAAGCUUUCCCGAAUUUCUUCAAGCGUCUGCCCCCAAGAAAAGGACUUUGUGGAAACAAUGGAAG